AUGGAUUCUACAGCUGAAGAUCCCAAGACAAUAUACGAAACAAAAGUGGUAUCUUCUUGUUGCGAAGGCUAUCUUUUAGAGAAUGAAAAAUGUAUACCAAUUUGCUCGAAGGGUUGUGAAAAUGGCAACUGUGUGAAACCCAAUCAGUGUGAGUGCGAAAAAGGAUAUAAGUUUUUUGGCGAAUAUAUUUUUCACAGUUGUGUUCCUGAUUGUGGCAAAUGUGAGCAUGGCUUCUGUAGUGGCCCGGAAAAAUGUAACUGUAACUCUGGUUUUGAACUUGUGGGCGACACUUGCCAACCUGUGUGUAAUAAUUGUGAGAAUGGCUCUUGUAAAAUACAUGGAAAAUGCGAGUGUAAUAAAGGUUAUGAAAAAUCUGUAAAUGGUUCAACAUGUAAACCGAUUUGUGAGUCCGGCUGUAAAAAUGGUAAAUGUAUAAAGCCUGGCCAGUGUGAAUGCGACAGAGGUUAUAGCUUAAAUGCCAACAAUGAGUGUGAACCAGUUUGCAUAGGAGGCUGUUUAAAUGGUCGAUGUGUUGGGCCUAAUUUCUGUAAAUGCAAUGAAGGCUUUAAUAUAAUACCACCCUUAACCUGUAAACCGAUUUGUAAGUCUGGUUGUCCAAAUGGUAGCUGUAUAGCACCGGAGACUUGUAAAUGUAAUGCUGGCUAUGAAAUGGACUCUCUACAAAAAUGCCAACCUAUUUGCAAAACUGGUUGUGCCAAUGGUUCAUGCAACUCACCGGAACAAUGUGAAUGUAAUCUAGGGUUUGAAAUGGAUAAGGAAAACAUAUGUCAACCUAUUUGUAAGACUGGUUGCCCAAAUGGCACUUGUAAAGCUCCUGGUUUAUGUGAAUGUAAUGAGGGCUAUAAAAUGAACUUGCAGGGAAAUUGUGAACCUGUUUGUGAGCAAGAUUGCUUAAAUGGCCACUGUAUUAAACCAAAUACUUGUGAAUGUUUGCAGGGUUUUCAGCAAUUAACAGAUGCUGAAUGUGAGCCUAUUUGCCGGACAGGCUGUCCUAAUGGCAAGUGUAUUGCACCCGAAACAUGUGAAUGUAAUGAGGGCUAUAACAUGUCCAGCUUUAAUAAAUGUGAACCAAUUUGUUCACAAGGCUGUUCAAAUGGUCAAUGUACAGCUCCUGAGUUUUGCACUUGUGAUUCUGGCUACUUCAAAGCCACACCCAGUACCUGUCAGCCAGUAUGUGAAUUUGGCUGCUUAAAUGGCCGCUGCAUGGCUCCAAAUAGCUGCGAAUGCGAUAAAGGCUAUCAAAUGAUGAACGACACUAACCAAUGUGAAGCAAUUUGCAGUCAAGGCUGUGAAAAUGCCAUUUGUAUAGCUCCCAAUGGGUGUAAAUGUUAUUUUGGUUAUCAAUCAACUAUCAGCAAUCAUUGUCAACCCAUUUGUGAAUCUGGCUGUCCCAAUGGUUAUUGUAUAUCACCGGAAAUCUGUGCUUGCGACAAGGGUUACAAAAUGAACGCCAAAGAUACAUGUGAACCGACUUGUAGCUCAACAUGUCGCAAUGGUAAAUGUGUAGCUCCCGAAGUGUGCAAAUGUAAUGACCAUUACGAAAUGACUGAUGCUGGUAACUGUGAACCGAUUUGUAAAAAUGGCUGUCCUAAUGGACAGUGUAUAGAACCAGAUAACUGUGUAUGCUUUGAGGGUUACAAAAAACUUUUGACAAAUUCCUGUUUACCAGUUUGUGAAACUGGAUGUCCGAAUGGUAAAUGUGUGGCUCCUGAGAUCUGUGAAUGUAAUCAUGGUUAUGCUAUAUUUGAGAAUAAAUGCGAACCUAUUUGCCUAGAAGAGUGCAUAAAUGCAGUGUGUAGUUCCCCCGAUAAAUGUGAAUGUAAACCGGGUUAUUUUAAAACAUCCAACAGUUCAUGCUCAGCCAUUUGUGAUCGUGGAUGUGUGAAUGGUGUCUGUUUGGCACCCAAUAAUUGUGAAUGUGCCGCAGGAUAUAACAAAACAUCGUUAGGGACAUGUGAGCCCAUAUGUGCCGCCAACUGUCAAAAUGCCCAAUGUAUAGCACCGGAAGUGUGCCAAUGUAAGGAGGGCUACAUAAAAACUCUAGCAAAUAAAUGUGAGCCGAUUUGCUCUAACCCCUGUGAUAAUGGCACAUGCACUAAACCAAACAUAUGCUCCUGUAAUGCAGGUUAUGAACUAAAUUCAGCUAAUAAAUGUUCGCCCAUUUGUCAUCCUGAAUGUUUAAACGGCCAGUGUAUAGCUCCUAAUAGCUGCCAAUGUCACAAAGAUUUUCAACUGAACGAGGAAAAUAAUUAUGAAAGAAUAAAUCCCGAUAAGAGACAACAAACAUGUUUACUUGACUGCCUUAAUGGUAACUGCCUAAAUGGAGAGUGCUCUUGUCCAAACAAUUUCAUCCUAAAAAGUUUUAAGUCACAAGAUAUUUGUCUACCAAAAUGUCAUCAAGAUGAGGAUUGUUUAAAUGGCUUGUGCUCUUCGAAUGGUGUGUGUAAAUGUUUACAGGGUUUUGAAAUUUCCAACCUUACUUUGCAGUGUGAGCAGGCCAAACCUGGCAAAAUGUUAUUUUGGAAACUUUAUAUCAUUUUAAGUUUUAGCUGCAUUUUUGUUUGGAGUAAUUUUUGUACGCGUCUUACUAAGAGGCCUGUUCGAAAAACGGUUAUGAGAAAUGGUGUUCUUGCUUAUCAUACAAUGUACGAAACUAAAACAGUAAAGUAUUGUUGCCGUGGCUAUCGUUUGAAAAAUGCACAAUGUAUACCCGUUUGCUCGAAAGGUUGUGAAAAUGGCAAAUGUGUGAAACCCAAUCAGUGCGAAUGCGAAAAAGGAUAUAAGUUCUUUAGCGAAUUUUCUCGUAAUCGUUGUGUUCCCGAUUGUGGCAAAUGUGAGCAUGGCUAUUGCAGUGACCCGGGAAAAUGUAGCUGUAACUCUGGUUAUGAACUUGUGGACGAAUAUUGCCAACCAGUGUGUAAUAAUUGUGAGAAUUGCUCUUUUAAAAUAGAUGGCAAAUGCGAGUGCAAUGAAGGCUAUAAAAAAUCCAUAUCUUUUGACAAAUGUGAACCAAUAUGUCAGACAAACUGUCCCAAUGGCAAGUGUAUAGCACCCGAAACAUGCCAAUGUAAUAAGGGCUAUAACAUGUCCAGCUUUAAUAAAUGCGAGCCAAUUUGUUCACAAGGCUGCUCAAAUGGUAAAUGUACAGCCCCUGAGUUUUGCACUUGUGAUUCUGGCUACUCCAAGGCCACACCCAGUACCUGUCAGCCAGUAUGUGAAUUGGGUUGCCUAAAUGGCCGUUGCAUGGCUCCAAAUAGCUGUGAGUGCGAUAAAGGCUAUAUAAUGAUGAAUAAUGCCAACCAAUGUGAACCAAUUUGCAGUGAGGGUUGUGUAAAUAGUUUUUGCAUAGCUCCCGAUACCUGUGAAUGUAAUUUUGGUUAUAAAACAAUUUCCAAAAACCAUUGUGAACCCAUUUGUGAAUCUGGUUGCCGGAAUGGUCAUUGUAUUUCAUCCGAAAUUUGUGAGUGUAAUAAGGGUUAUGAAAUGAACUCAGAGAAUGAAUGUGAGCCGAUAUGCGGCUCUGGAUGUCCGAAAGGAAAAUGUAUUGCUCCGGAAACCUGCGAAUGCGAUCAGGGAUAUCAAGUGAAUGGUGAAAAUAUGUGUGAACCUAUUUGUCAACCAGACUGUCUCAAUGGCCAGUGUGUGGCACCAGAUAUUUGUGAAUGUUUCAAGGACUAUAGCCAGUCGUCACCCUACUCCUGCUUGCCAGUUUGUGAAACAGGUUGUCCGAAUGGAAAAUGUAUUUCGCCCGGCAUCUGUGAAUGUGAUCAGGGAUACACAAUGCAGGCAGAUAAUCAAUGCGAACCGGUUUGCUCCAAUGACUGCGAGAAUGGUAAAUGUGUGGCUCCGGAAACCUGUGAAUGUCAUCAGGGAUAUCAAAUGAAUGGUGAACAAAAAUGUAAAGCAAUAUGUUCAGCAGGCUGCGACAAUGGUCAGUGUGUCUCCCCUGAAACUUGUGAAUGCUAUCACGGAUACCAAAUGAAUGACGAAAAUAAAUGUCAACCUGUUUCCCAAAAAUUGGUAGUAGUUUCCUCAGGAUGUCAUAAUAUAAAUUUUAGUUUUGCAAUUUACAUAGAAUAUUUUCUAAUAUUUAUGUAUGUUAUAAAUAAAUUAUAAUAACUAAUAAAGAAAAAUGAGUGCUAGUAA